AUGUCAUCCGCCAACACAAGGAAGCGCUCGCUGCUGGACGUCCUGGCUGACGACGAGCCAACGCUCUGGAUACAGGUUGCAGACGGCACCACAGCAGACGGCGCCAGCAGCGACAGGGCUGGCGAUAGCGCCGCUCCCGCGCCCGCGCCGCCGCAGCAGCCGCCGCCGCGCAUCCCCGCGCACCGCGAGCUGCUGCGGUUUGACUCCACCUGCGUGCGCAACCUUCCGCCGGGGGACACUUGGGACAUCAGCGGCCUGGUCAUUGACGGCCAGCGGGUGACGCGGCCGGUGGUGGUGGCGUGGCUCGAGGCGGUUUACGCCGGCUCGACCUACUGGGGCGACACCGGCGUCCCGCCGGCCGAGGAGGGCGAGAUUGACGGAGUCCUGCUGCUGCGGUUUGCUGACGCCGUGGGCAGCAGCAUCCGCGUCGUGCGUGAGUGCUACGAGCGCUGCAGGGAGCAGCUGGCCAGCCUGGAGGUGCGGGUUCGUGGGGAGCCUGCACGCUUGAAGCUGGACGGCAGCUUCUAUACUUUGCAGUCUAACUUUGACAGCUUAACCCUUGUCGAAGGCACCUUCGUCACGGAGACAGAAGUCGCAGAGCUGCCGCUUGGUGAUGGCGCCGCCAACGCCGCUGCGGACGAUUUUGACCUCGAGAUUGAGGCCACGGCAGAGCUGCAGCAGAACCUGGCAGCUCAGCUGGAGCGGCUGCUGCACAUCGCGUACAGCCUGGGGCUCAGAGAGCUGCAGUCGCGCCUUCACCACUUCAUACACGCCAACGUGCAGAUGCAGUCGGACGAGGGCGAGGCGCCGGAGGGGCUGCUGCCUGUGAGGUUGUUGCGAGAUUCGGUGUUCUCUAAACGCGUCAUGGCGGCGGUGGACAGCGGGCAGCUGAAAGAUGCGUGGCUGCAGGGCAUCCUUUCGGUGCCGUGCGACCUGUCACGUGCAGACGGGCUGUUUGGAGAAGCGACGAGCGCCACAAUCAUAGUUGCGGGGGCCAGCCGUGCCGCAGAUGGUGGGGGCGGCAACCAGGGUGGCGCCCAGGACGCCGACGGCGGCGGCUAUGUAAUUGAUGACCACGGGGUCGUGCAGCCGGUGCGGCUCGUCACCACUGUGGAGGGUGUGCUGCAGCGCGACUACCACGGCACACGCGGGGGCCAGCAAGAGGAGGGGCUGAAGCUGUCGUUCGGGCUGGCGCUCAUGUUUGUGGGCUGGUACGGCGCCAACAUCUACUUCAACAUCGCCCAGAAGCAGGUGCUCAAGCAGUUCGCCUUCCCGUUGGCCUGCACCAACAUCCAGUUCGCCAUCGGCAGCUGCCUCGCGCUGCUGUUCUGGGCCACGGGCGUCGUGCGGGCCCCCAGGGUGGACGCGCAGACGCUCAAGUCCAUCGUGCCGCUGGCCGUCAUCCACGUCCUCGGCAACGUGCUCACAAACGUGUCCCUCGGAAAGGUGGCGGUGUCGUUCACGCACACCGUGAAGGCCAUGGAGCCCUUCUUCAGCGUCAUCAUGAGCGCCAUCUUCCUGGGCACCGUGCCCCCGCCGCCGGUCCUGCUGACGCUGGUGCCCAUCGUGGGCGGCGUGGUGAUCGCCAGCGUGACGGAGGCUACGUUCAACUGGACCGGGUUCCUGUCGGCCAUGUUCAGCAACAUCACCUUCCAGAGCAGGUCUGCGACCUGUCAGCAAGUUUGA